GCCACGCGCUUCGCUUGUAUACCGGCUUAUACGUUUGACAACAGCGCCGAUGUUUGUGUGAAUUAUUUUUAAUUAUUUUCGGAUACAUUUUCAAAAUAUUUUAACUUAAAUUCUACCACCCCCUCCCCCAAACUCCAGAACCAUCCCCUCCUCUGACACUAGCAAUGAACCCUUAAGUAUCGUCGAAGCCGUGUUUUUUAACGCCCAAAUUAUGUGCGGACGGACGACUUUCUUGUUGACUAUCGCGUGUUUGAGUGCGGUAGUGACGGCCGAUAGCGGCGGCGGCAUCAGAAACAUGACAGCCGAAUGGCCGUGCAAGAUGAACAAAACGGUGACGGUAUCGCGGGACAACGUGACGAUAGUGGACAACGUUUUGUGGACAACGGGACAGCCUUCGAAAGGCUAUCCGCCGUCGGCAUACCGCGUCGUCUCGGCCGGAUACGAAUUGUGCGUGUGCGAAGUCGAAUCCUGCGUGCGAAAGUGUUGCAAGGAAAACAAGGUAUUCGUCGAAAACGUUGGAUGCAGCGCCAGAAACGAAUCUUUGCAUAGAGCUUUCGGGGUGCCAAAGUUUGUAAAUGGAUCCGGUUUGGUCGAAGAAUAUGAAGAUAAUGCGUUCGUCGUUGUCUAUGGAAAAAUGAAAUGCUCUAAUAAGAUGUACCAAUUGGACCCGCGAAAAAGCUCAAAGGAUAAUUUUUGGAUCUCAGAAAAAGGCUGGCUAAUAAAUGAUGCUGGAAAAACUAUCUCAUCGCCAGAACAAUUCUGCGUAGACAAUUUUUCCAAUUUAAAUUUCGAUGUACUCAUAUUGGUGUGCUUUCAAGCAACUGACACCGCUAAUGUAAAGGAAGAAUGGACCACUAUGAAAAAGUUUUACACUAUAUUAAUGAUACUGUCGUUGCCGUUUUUAUUGGCUACAUUUCUUGUGUACGCUCUGGUCAAGGAAUUAAGAAAUUUGCACGGAAAGUCUCUUAUGUGUCAUAUAGUAGCACUAUUUGUUGCAUACGCGGGCCUAUGUAUAGUUCAGAUUAAAACGAACGAAAUGGAUCAUGAUUUGUGCAUCGUAUUAGCAUAUAUUAUUCAAAUUUCUUUUUUGGCCAGUUUCUUCUGGUUAAAUGUCAUGUGUUUUGAUUUAUGGUGGACGUUCAGCGGAUAUAGACCUCUGAAGGGAAAUACUCACAGACAAGAAGCUAAAAAGUUUGUUAUAUAUUCUAUAUAUGCCUGGGGAUGCACUAUUAUUAUAUUGAUCAUAACUUUAUACAUGGAUUUAUCGCCAAACGAAACACCAAAUGCAAUCCGGCCAGAAUUCGGAAAAGACCGUUGUUGGUUUUAUUCAAAAGCCGCAAAAUAUUUCUACUUUUAUGGACCAAUUGGCGUAUUAUUGUUGAGUAAUUUACUGAUGUUUAUUUAUACUACAGUUAAAAUAGUCAAACAUAUGAAAGACGCUAAAGUACUCAUCGGGUCAAAGAGCAAGAAAAACAUUGAUCAUGAAACACAAAGAUUUUUGUUGUAUUUAAAAUUGUUCAUUGUGAUGGGAAUAAGUUGGCUCACGGAAAUAUUAGCGUUUGAGUUCAAGGAUUACCAAUAUAUAUGGAAUUACACGGACAUUGUAAACAGCCUACAAGGAGUACUGAUAUUUUGUAUUUUUGUGUGUAAAAAACGAGUCUUGAAGUUAAUGAAAAAAAAAUGUUGCCUAAAAUCUACACAAUCGACAAGUGUAACAUCGACUAGGACAUUUAAUAGUACAUUAUCCAAGUCGAGCUGUACAACUAAGGACUCGAUCAAAAUGAACAAUAUCAAUAAACAGACUUCUACAAGUGAGUCGGUUUCAGAUUUCAAGGCUUAACAAUUGGGUGUGCGGUGUGCCCUUAUUAUACCAAAAGCAUGUUUUAACUAGAAAAUUCAUCAGUAAACAAUUUAAAUUGUAAAUACACUUCUCGAUUACAACCCUAAAAACGUUGUGAGAUACUUUUUUUUUCUCGUCUUACUAUAUGUAUUAUAUUUUAUUUAUUUAUACAUGUAUAAAAUUUUAAACAUACAAUGGACCUAACUACAAGUAUUUUUUAAUUUAAGUUCACGACAUUAUGUGAUUUUUGACUAGGUUUUAAUUCUAG